ACAUACAAUUUUUACAGAGUACUUUGAGGAAGAAACCAGAAGAAAUGGAUCUUUUUUACAAGGCAAAAGCAGUAAGGCUAAGAAGUUAUCAUGAAAAAUACUUAACAGCAGAGGAAGAUGAAGAAACAGUGAUUCAAGAUCGUGAUGGAGCUUCAAAGAAUGCAAUUUGGACUGUUGAAUUCAUCAAUAAUGCUGAACAAGUCAACACCAUUAGACUCAAAAGUUGUUAUAACAAGUAUCUUACUGCUUCAAAUCAACGAUUUUUAUUAGGUAUGACAGGUAGAAAAGUUCUACAAACUCUGCCACAAAGGCUUGAUUCUUCUGUUGAAUGGGAACCUAUUAGAGAAGGGAACCAAGUGAAGCUUAGGACAAAAAAAGGUCAAUUUUUGAGGGCUAAUGAUAGUAUUCCACCAUGGAGGAAUUCAGUAACACAUAAUAUCCCACAUAGAACUUCAACACAAGAUUGGGUUUUGUGGGAUGUUGAUGUUGUUGAAAUCUUGGUUCAUUCACCUGUUCCUAAAGAACCUCCACCUUUGGUUUAUCAUGAUCAAGAAGAAGAGACUAAUUGGGGUUCUGAAUCUACUUCACCUUCAUCUACUCUUUACUCUGCAUCAGCACAAAGAUUUUCUAGACAAGAGUCGGGUGAGUUUAUGGCUAGUUCUUUAAUGAAGUUUGGAGACGGGAGACUGAUUUAUUAUCACAUUGCUAAUGAAUAUGGAGAAAUCGAUGAUGGAGUAGAAGGUGUUUGCAUUCCUUUUAAGGGAAGCAGUGUUGAGGAGCUGAAGAAGACAUUGGAAGAAGAAACCGGACUAGAGGACAUUACUGUGUGUACAAAGAGUCCUUUGAACGGUAAACUUUACCCUCUUCGUUUGCAGCUUCCUCCCAACAACGCAAAUAUGGAUGUCGUUGUUGUGCCAUCCGGCCUCAUGUAAAGUAGCAGGAGCUUUUGCAAAUGCAAGGAUGUCAACGUAGAGCAAAUUUGAUUGCACUAUACAUCAAAGGGUGCCUACAUAUGUCUAGUAAUUCGAUAUUGAGUGAGUUGAUAUUACAACGAGCCCUCCAACAAGCAGAAUAGAAGUUGAUCACAAGGCCAUCUCGGAGGGAGGUUUCUGCUACCAUAAAGCAUAUGGGACAACCUAUUUAGUCCCCAUACUUAUAAAGCAUGUAUGUAUGUAUGUGUAUACAUAUAUAUAUAUAUAUAUAUAUAUGGUUUGUGAUGAGAGUAUUGUUAGUUGCCAUGUAUAUCAUUCUUUUAAUUUUCCCAGGGAGAAGGGGGGGGGGGGGGGGGGGAUUGUUUGAUUUGUUGAAUUGAUUGAAUUUUGUAGCUAGAGUUUGGAUUGUAAAUUAUUUAUCAUUGAAAUAUUGAAGUUUAGCACUU